AUGGAGGAUACCCAGGCACUGCUGGCGCGUCUGUCGGUGGCGCAGGCGCCCAGGCACCAGCGGUCGAGGCUUGUGGAAUCGAUGGACGCCCAGGAGCUGCUGCGCACGUGGCAGCUCCAGCGGGAGCAGCGGCAGCAGCAGCAGGAGCAGCAGCAGCAGCAGCAGCAGCAGCAGGAGCAGCAGCAGCAGGAGAUAGAGCCUCAGCAGCAGCAGGAGCAGCACAGCGAAGAGGGGCAGGACGCCGCGCCGCAGCGACGCGCCAAGGGCGAAUUCGCGCGCGCUGCCGAGCCGCGGCCGCUGCCCUACCAGCUGGUGCUGGUGGGCGCCACCCUGCAGCCUGCGACGGUCAAGGCGUUUGCAAAGUGGUCGACUCAAGACAUCAGGUUGGUGCGCGCCCCCGGCCCGCCGCCGGCGCCGGGGCUCGUCCCGGCGCAGGAGGCCCGGCCUGUGGCUGCGGCGGCGCCGGCCGCGACGGCGCAGGAGCCGGGAGCGGCAGACCAAGGGCCGCCGUCGCCGGAAACGGCGCCCUCGCCGGAAGCCGCGCCGGCAACGGAGCCGGCGCCGGCUCCGGAAACGGCGUCGGCGCCGGAGACGGCACUUCCGCCGAACCUCAAGCACACAUACUACCUCGUCCCAAGGCAGACGCCCGACACCGCGCCCGGCGCGCGCGUGCACGCGCUGCAGCGGCUGCUGGCGUCGAAGCGCGGCGCGGGGUGGCGGGUGCUGGCUUUUUUCGAGACCCCGGGCAAGGUCGCGGACGCGGCGCGGCGGCUGCGCAUCGGCAUGAUGGAGGCCGGGGAGGAGAGCUCUUGGCAGGUCUCGGCGCUGCACGGAGAUCUCACGGGCCAGCAGCGACAGCAGGCGGUCGCGGGCUUCGCCGCGCUGGGACCCGAGCGGAAGCUGCUGCUGCUGUCUGACGUGGGCGCCCUCGGGCUCGACCUGCCUGGGGUGCACCUCGUCAUCCAACUCGACGCCCCUCGGACCUGGAAGACCUACGCGCACCGCGCCGGCCGCGCGGGCCGCAUGGGGGCGCCUGGGGAGUCAGUGACGGUCAUAAACGAGGUCCAGCUGCGGGUGCUGGCGCGGGAGGCGGCGCGGCUGGGGCUAAAGCUGGGGGGCGCCCCGCAGCCGACGGGGCAGAGGCCGGCGGCGCAGCCGGAAAGGCCCAAUAAAUACGAGAGGAAGCGCGCUGUUGUGUCGGGGCAGCAGCAGCGCUCUGUGCGCCCGGGCUAA